GGAUUUUAAAGGCAGAGUCGCCAUUUUAUAAAGAUUCUGGAAUAAUGUAAAGAUAUUCUAUGUUUCAAGAGGCCCCAGCAGGAAUCAUCUGGUCUGGAUCAGCAUAGAAAUGGAUGGAUCUGCUUCUGAAAUGCGCCCCCCUGUGGGGUGUAACAGAAAGAGCCCUGAGAGUGUCCUGAUGAAGAGAGCAGACUCCCCUGUACCCAGCUGUGUUUCCCUGAAGAGUGACAGGUCAAUGGAGCCCCCACUCGCCUUCAGAGAGGGACCUUUUCCUACAGACCAAAGUGUCCUGAUGAAGAGAGCAGACUCCCCUGUACCCAGCUGUGUUUCCCUGAAGAGUGACAGGUCAAUGGAGCCCCCACUCGCCUUCAGAGAGGGACCUUUUCCUACAGAUCAAAGAGACCAAAUGGAAGAAUGCAGUUCAGAUCUACAUGAUAAAUCGGGUUUAUCAUCCAUAUUGAAGUCGCUAGAGGAAAAAGCCAUGAAGUUCCUAAAGGAGGAACUGAAGACGUUUGUGAGGUACCUAGAUCAGAAUUACCCAGAAUGCUCUGAGCCUCAGCUGGAGGAGGACAAUGACCUGGACUGUGAUGGUCAGAUGCAGAAGACCAGUGUUAGAGAGGUAGCUCUGAAGAUCACACUGUACAUCCUGAGGACAAUGAAGCAAAAUGAUCUUGCUGACCUGCUGGACAAGAGACAGCUCAUGCUGCAACAUCAACAGGAAAUGAAAUGUAAACUUAAGAAGCAAUUUGAGUGUGUAUUUGAAGGGAAAGCUAAGGAAGGACAGCCAGCACUUCUCAGUGCCAUUUACACAGAACUCUACAUAACUGAAGGUGGGACUGGAGCAGUCAAUGAUGAACAUGAAGUGAGACAGAUUGAAACAGCAUCCAAGAAAAGGCGAACAGAAGAUACUACAGUCAAGUGCAAUGAUAUAUUUAAACCCUUAUGUGGGCAUGUGACUCCUAUCAGAACUGUACUCACUAAAGGGGUGGCAGGUAUCGGGAAAACAGUCUCUGUGCAGAAAUUUAUUCUCGACUGGGCAGAAGGAAAAGCAAACCAGGAUGUUCACUUCAUAUUUGCUCUUCCUUUCCGGGACCUGAAUUUGAUUAAGGGUGAAUACAGUCUCCUUGAACUGCUUUGCCACUUUGUCCCAGAACUGAAAUCUCUUGAAUCCACUGAGCUGUUUAUGUACAAAAUCUUGUUCAUCUUUGAUGGUCUAGACGAGUGUCGCCUUCCUUUCGAUUUUCAGAACAAUGAGUGCUGGUUUGAUGUAACAAAGAAAACGUCACUGGAUGUGCUGUUGACUAACCUCAUUAAGGGGAAUCUGCUCCCAUCCGCUCUCCUCUGGAUAACCUCCCGGCCAGCAGCAGCCAAUCAGAUACCUCCUGAGUGUGUCCACCAGGUGACAGAGAUACGAGGGUUCAGUGAUGCCCAGAAGGAGGAGUAUUUCAGGAGGAGAUUUAGGGAUCAGAGCCUGGCCAGCAGGAUUAUCACACAUGUGAAAUCAUCAAGGAGCCUCUUCAUCAUGUGCCACAUUCCUGUGUUCUGCUGGAUUUCAGCCACUGUGCUUAAGAGGUUUUUUAGUGAGACUGACAGGGGAGAAAUUCCAAGGACUCUGACUGAAAUGUACACACACUUCCUGAUCUUUCAGACAAGUUUAAAAAAUGACAAGUAUAUGAAAAAACAAGAAACUAAGCUUAAAGAAUACAGCAAGGAAUUCCUUUUAAAACUUGGUAAACUUGCUUUUGACAACCUUGAGAAAGGCAAUCUCAUAUUUUAUGAGCAAGAUCUGACAGGGAAUGGCAUUGAUGUCACUGAAACUUCAGUUUACUCUGGAGUGUGCACAGAAGUCUUUAAAGAGGAGUAUGGGUUGUACCAGCAGAAGGUGUACUGCUUUGUGCAUCUGAGCAUCCAGGAGUAUCUCGCUGCUUUAUAUGUGUUUCUGUCAAACUCAUCAGCUGACCUGCUGAAGACUGCAGUGAAUCAGGCAUUAGAGAGCAAGAAUGGACACUUGGACCUCUACCUCCGCUUCCUCCUGGGCCUCUCAACAAACUCCAGUAAGACUCUGUUACAAAGGCUACUGGGGCCAACAGAAACCUGCUCACAUACCAUUAAGGAAACAGCCCAAUACAUCAAGGAGAAAAUACAGGAGAAUUUAUCUCCAGAAAGGACCAUCAACCUGUUCCACUGUCUGACUGAACUGGGUGACAAUUCUCUAGUAGAGGAAGUACAAAGAUACCUGAAUUCAGGAAACAUUUCGGCAGAUGACCUCUCACCUGCACAGUACUCAGCUCUGGCCUUUGUGAUGCUGAUGUCAGAUGAGGAGCUGGAUGUGCUUGAUCUGAAAAAAUACAUCAGACGAGAUAAAGAGCACUGCAGGCUGCUGCCUGUGGUCAAGAACUCCAGGACGGCUCUGCUGAACAGCUGUGAUCUCUUAGAUGAACACUGUGAAGUGCUGACUUCAGCUCUAAGAUCAAACUCUUCCCCCCUGAGAGAGCUGGACCUGAGUGACAAUAACCUGAAGGAUUCAGGGGUGAAGCUGCUCUCUGCUGCACUGGGGGAUUUACACUGUAAACUGGAGAUAUUGAGGGUGUGCUGGUGUGAAAUCACAGAGAAAUGCUGUGAGGCACUGGCUUCAGCUCUCAGAUCAAACUCCUCACCCCUGAGAGAGCUGGACCUGAGUAACAAUGACCUGCAGGACUCAGGAGUGAAGCUGCUCUCUGUUGGACUGGAGGACUUACACUGUAAACUGGAGAUACUGAGGCUGUCAGGCUGUAGAGUCACAGAAGAAGGCUGUUCUUCCCUGGCUUCAGCUCUGAGGUCAAACCCCUCACACCUGAGAGAGCUGGAUCUGAGCUACAAUCACCCAGGAGACUCAGGAGUGAAGCUGCUCUCUGCUGUACUGGAGGAUCCCAGCUGUAAACUGGAGAAGCUGAAGCUGUCAGGCUGUAGAGUCACAGAAGAAGGCUGUUCUUCCCUGGCUUCAGCUCUGAGGUCAAACCCCUCACACCUGAGAGAGCUGGAUCUGAGUUACAAUCACCCAGGAGACUCAGGAGUGAAGCUGCUCUCUGCUGUACUGGAGGAUCCCAGCUGUAAACUGGAGAAGCUGAAUGUGGAUCACGGUGGAGAGUGCAGGACCAGACCAGGCCUACAGAAAUACUCCUGCCAGCUGAUACUGGACCUCAGGACAGCACACAGACGCCUGUCUCUGUCAGAGGGGAAGAGGAAGAGUUUCCCCUGA